AGGCAGAAGAAUACAGCUCGUAUGGAUCAUACCUAAGAAAAACACGAAUGCUUUUUACAAAUUAAAACAUCUACCCCGCAAUCCUUCUCACAUCGUACAGCAUAUCAAAGUAGCAGCCAAGAGCACUCUCUAUACAAUGGCUAGCUGUCCCUUCUCCAAACAUGCAACUUUAGUACUCCGCACUUGCGGCUGAAUAUCCGCAUGCAUUUUGGCUGCAGAAAAAUCGAUACCAAGAAUAUCACCGACUGCAAGUCGUUGUAUCAAUAGUAAAAACAAAUUGUAACGUCAAGCUUUCAUACCGUGUGGGCCGCUCGUAACGUAUCAUUGAAUAUAUAUUUGAGGGAAUUGAGUUUAGCUUCUGAUGUAUACAUAAAAGUUCAAUCUGAACCAAGCUCCGCUCUUAGAUAUACUACCUAUAUAUGUAGAAGCGGUGAUAAUGAUAAGUAAACGUUCUGAAGACAUACCCGCCUUGUUCUAUUCGUCAAGACAUGCUGCUGACUCAGACUGAACGCAACCAUGUACCCCGACUUCGGUACAUGACUUCAAACAAGGCCAAUUCAUUACUGAACUACCAUUCCAACGUCGUCAAGUUACCUAUCUACCUUCCUAAUUCAGUUGUCCUUUCCGUGAUGUCUAUCUAGAGUUGUCGGUUUGCCGGGAGUGCCAAGAUCGCGGGGAUUGCACCCACCCCCAUUUUGGUAAUCUGAUAUCAUAUCAUAACGUCGCAUCCCGUAUCUGCAGAAGUAUGAGUUGCAGCUUAUCAUCGAUAAGUAUCUAUGGAUGCAUUGAUCUCUUCUGCUUUCGCAAGCGCGAUAAGGAUUGAAGAUUUAAUGAAGGGUUUCCUCAAGAUCUUCAUACGAUAUAGCAUGAUUCCAACGGGUGUGUUUGAGGAUACACAGUGGGUGACGAUUUACGAAUAUUGGAUAUCGGAUAUUGCGCAUUAGACAACAAUAUCUUUCGGGAUCAGUUUCACAUUCUAAGGAUACUAGUUUGAUCUUGAAGUCUCUCAUCUCCUCCUCAUAAUCCAUCCAGGAAUCAAGAUGCGGAAAUCAGAAGACAUGACCACAAAACCACAUCUCCAAGAUGUAUCCCUCCCCAUCGACCCCCCGCAUCUCCCUAACAAACAAACGCACCUCGAUGCGCAAACUGCGACGGAAAUCGAGCAUUCCAUGUCUUUUCGCGAUGCGCUUCGUCUCUACCCCGCUGCGAUAGCUUGGUCUGCAUUUUUCUCUCUCGGAAUAAUCAUGACGGCUUUUGAUCCCCAAUUACUGGGAAGUUUAUAUGCGACACCUGCUUUCCAAAAGGAUUUUGGAUAUAAAUACAAAGGAGAUUAUAUCGUGAGCGCGCAAUGGCAGACGGCGUUGGGCAUGGGAAAUCCGAUUGGACAGGUGGUGGGAGCGUUACUUAUUGGGUAUCCGAUGGAGUGGUACGGAAGGAAAUGGACAUAUAUGGCAUGUGUAUCCGGUACUGCAGCAUUUAUCUUCGUGCAGUUCUUCGCGCGGUCUCUCCCUGUUCUUCUCGUGGGUGAACUUAUCGGCGGUCUCAUCCUAGGCACAUAUACUACCAUUGCCCCAACCUACGCAUCGGAGGUAUGUCCCAUAGCACUUCGCGGUCAUCUAACUUCAUAUGUCAAUCUUUGUUUCGUGAUGGGUCAACUCAUUGCAAAUGGGGUUAUUGCUGGAACGUCUCGUCUCGAUAAUCAUUGGGCAUAUAGUGCUCCAUUUGCAAUUCAAUGGCUCUGGCCCAUUAUCAUUUUGAUUGGUAUCCCUUUCGCGCCCGAAUCGCCUUGGUGGUUGGUCAGGAAUGACAGACUUGAAGAAGCAGAGAAAUCGCUGGAUAGGCUGUCAUCGAAGGAAGUUAAUAAUAAACUUGUUCUGGCGAUGAUGAUUGAGACGGAUAGGUUGGAGUUGGAAAUGGAGACGGGAACAACUUAUUGGGAUGUUUUUAAUAAGACUAAUAUUAGGAGAACGGAGAUCGCAAUUGCGGUUUUUGUGACGCAGGUUUUCAGUGGAAUUUACUUAGUGGGCUAUGCGGCCUAUUUCUUUCAACUUGCUGGUCUGGCUGGAUCAAAAGCAUUUGAUAUGAGCGUCGGGUUUCUAGCCGUUGGCUUUGUAGGAACCCUUUUGUCAUGGAUUUUGAUAUCAAAAUUCGGUCGACGACGCAUCUACAACGUCGGACUCGCGUUACUCACAACCAUUAUGUUUCUUAUUGGGAUUCUGGAUUGUGUACCAAAUUACGUGAAUCGUCCAGGUGUCAUCUGGGCACAAUCGACCCUCAUGAUCGUUUGGAAUGGUAUUUUCGAUCUUAGUGUUGGGCCCGUUUGCUACACGAUUUUUUGUGAGGUAUCAGCGACUAAAGUUCGUUCGAAAACUAUUGCUGUGGCUACGGCAAUGCAAGCACUUGUUGGGAUAGUCAUGACAGUUGCUAUUCCUUAUAUGAUUAAUCCGGAUCAAGCAAAUUGGAGAGGAAAGAUCGGAUUUUUCUAUGGUGGUUGUUCGGUAUUUUGUCUUAUCUGGUGUUGGCUCAGAGUUCCAGAAACCAAAGGAAGGACGUAUGAAGAAUUGGACCUGAUGUUCGCAAGAGGUGUCAAGACGAGAGACUUCAAACAUUACAAGAUUGUGUAAUGUAUAUCCACUCCAGUUUGACCUGUUGAAGGAAUUAAAAAUAGCACUUUUACUUACAGAUAUACUGGUUUCGUCUAACGUUUCGUUCUCAUUUUCACCACUGUACCUUUUGAUGCAUCAUCUUGUGCAUGGUUGAUGACAGUGAACUUAU